AUGGUCGAACUCUGCCCGGCCAUCACCACUCCAGGGACUUACUGGACCUUCUGUCCCUCUUUAGGCGCAGCAAUCGCGUUCCUAGUCUUCUUCUCACUGACUUUCUUCGUCCAUAUUGCUCAAGGAGUUUAUUAUCGAAAGGCGUACACCUGGGUGAUUUCAAUGUCAGUCCUUUGGCAGGCUAUCACCUAUAUUCUCCGAAUAAUCAGUAUCAAGAACCCGACUAGCUUGGGCGACUAUGCUGGAUGGUUUGUUCUUAUAUUGAUAUCACCGCUUUGGACAAAUGCAUAUGUCUACAUGGUCUUUGGCCGGAUGGUAUGGAACUAUGUUCCAGAUGGUACUCUGUGGCGUGUUCCCGCUUGGAGGUUUGGCUAUUACUUUGUGUUUCUUGAUAUAGUUGCUUUUAUCGUCCAAGUAUACGGAGCUGCUUCAGCCGAGGUAAAUAAUACCAACACCACAAAAAUACUGCGAGGUAUCCAUAUAUACAUGGGCGGCGUCGCAAUCCAGCAGUUCUUCAUCUUUGGUUUCUGUGCUUUCGCAUAUGAAUUCUGGCGUACAAUUUUAGAACAGAAAAAGACCACCGAAGGGGACAAUACUGCAUCCACGGAUCUCAGUCUUCAAUCCGGUUUUACACUCUUAUACGCCUUGAUUCUUGUGUUAAUUCUGAUCUCACUACGCAUCUUCUUCCGUCUGGCUGAAUACUCAAAGGGCCUGCAAUCCACAAUCCCAAAUCAUGAAGCGUAUCAAUACUGUUUCGAUUCGUUGCCGAUGUUGCUCGCUUUCAUCAUCCUGAGUGUAGUUCAUCCGGGGGCGGUUAUGAGGGGAUCGGCAUCCGAUCUUCCGGCGCGGAAGAAGAGAAAGCAUGAUAGUAUUAGGUGUAAGAGGGAUGUUAUUUUGGUAUCGGUUCGAAACUGAUUUUCGGUCAGUAAGAUAGUUGCUAGUUAGAUAGAUGCCAUAUUAGCAAUUGGAGCCUGGAAUCAUACAUGUACAUAUUCAUUGUAUCUAUCAUGCAAAUAUCUAUAUUACAUAUUGCAGGCCUACGCAAGGAUCUCUCCCUAUGCUGGUUAUAUAGUACAUUCAAUAAUGUGUAUACUGAUACCCUUCCAACCCAUGGUCUUGGGGCGCAACAUAAUGAUCCUGAUACGGGUGAUUGGCCAUCGAAAAAUCAGCCGUAGCCAUGAGCGGAUUGAUUAUUCCCGACAGCAAUCGGGAGCGGCCAGGAGGUGUAGAGCCAUUUGAAUUUGAUCCCGUGGUGGGGUUCGGUAAAGAACCGUUAUCUAUGGAUGAUAUAGGCGUGUUAGUAGUAGUCGUGGCCGUGGUCAUGAUAUUAGCAUUAGAUCCAGGAGCAGAAGUAUUCCAGCCCCAUUUCGCUUGAAGCUCAGUUUUCAGAAAUGAUAUUCGCCAGCCUGUCUCUUUGAUGAUUUUGUCGAUUAUUUGUAGGACUUCUUGCUGCGCUUCACGGGUGACGAAAC